AUGGCCAAAAAGGGGACCAAGGAAAAGAGGGCGAAGGACCCCAAAGGCAUCCCCCUUGCCCAACCUGAUCGUUCGGCUCCCAGCGAAGCCACUUUGCUGCAGAUGGCUCAGGACAGAGGUCUUUUCAAACAGGCCGACAAAGACCCGAGGAAUAAGAAUCUGCCCAAGGGUGCCGUCCGAAUUGACAGGCCGGGUGCCGAGGAUAGUGACGAUGAGGAAGACGACGAAGAGGUCUUGUUGUCUCCCUUGAUGGACCGUAUAAUGGACACACUGCUCUGGACCGUAAGCCUCGCCAUGGUGCACGGCACCUUUGACGUGCUCGUCCAGAACCAGUACGCCAAGGAGAUCGAAUGGUCCAACGUUGUCAGCCGUACGCUCAUUGCGUUGAUGGUGCUUUUCUUCCUUUUCUACAAUCUUCAUGCUUUCCCAUCCAGCCCAAAUCUUGUCCCGGGACUGCCGGCUCGUUACCAGCAUCCCAUCCGACAGGCUAUCUUCUUCGUGGCCGGAGUGUGGGCUGGAUGCCAUCUGAUCUACAUUACCAAUAAGUUCAGUUAUCUGUACAUCAUGAAGCAGGCGCCGACUUUGGGAUGUGUAUGGAUUUGGUCGAUUUUGGAGCUUGACCUCCCUGUGGCCGUGGCCAGUUUGGCAGUGGCAGGUGCUUAUUUACUGCAAGGAGGGUACGCCAUUAAAUAG